AUGGCUCUAUCAUUCAUCUUUCCCUGUUUCAGUCUCUUCAUCAAAAUGUCUCCUUCUGUGAAGAACCAGGCUUCCAUCGUCGCUGGACGACGACAAGAAGAACAAACCAAGGCAACAACACCCUGCCCUGAUCCAAGAAGGCCAAUGGAAACACUACUCAAUACGUCUGGUGGUAGCGGCAGUCUCGUUCCACAGGCUCGAGAAAAUGCUCAGUAUGAGAUCGAAAAAUCCCAUCCACGCCGAGUCUCAGCCUUGAGGCAGGCUUGGCGCUUUUUCUCCGGUAAGCCUUCCCCUGAACCUCCAGUUCCCAGAACCGAACCAAAGCAUGAGAGAGACUUUGAUGUUUGGUAUACCGUUGAUCUUACGAGACCCACCAAUGAAGGUAAGUACAGAGCACCGCAACCAUCGCCCUGUCCUGAAGACCGACGUGGAAGGAUUACCCGGCUCGACGAGUCUCAAAUUGAGUCUUACUGGAACACCCCCUUUCAACCCGAACGCCAAGUACCCCUCGCCUCGCACACAAUUAGGCGGUCUAUUUCUAAUGAUCCCAAACCUGAGGAGAAGCUGGACAUAGAGAUAGUGACCUGGAAUCCUGGGCCACGCCGGUCUGUUCACAUUCUCCACGAUGAUCCACAUCAAGCUGUUCGGUCCCAAGUUGCGCUUGUUGUUGACCCUUCAACAGAAGAUUUCUCAACGGGCUCGGAAUCGGACUCAGAGAGUCUAGACAUCGUUGUGCAAGCAGAACGAGUGACCAGAGUAGGAAGAGCCUCUCUUAUCACAGUGUCUGGACUCAAGGAGCAAGAAGAGGAUAUCGUUAUGCAAGCAAGUCAAGCAGCCAGAGUAGGAAGAGCCACUCUGAUCACGUUUCCUGAACUCAGCCGAAACCAGAAAGAAGAAGUGCAAGAGAGGCGCCCGCCUUCCAUCGACCUGGCUGACUGUUCAGUUAAAUGGGAUGAUGCACAAAGUCUUGCUUAG